AUGACGGUAAACAGCAGCCCCGCAACAGCAGCCUCGGGUACACCACAUACCGUCAAUGGUACCGCAGCUCAGCAGAAGUCAUCAAUCAAGCUGGAUGUAAUCGUAGUGGGCGCAGGUAUCAGUGGGCUCGCGACUGCGAUAUCAACAGCCCUCUCCGGUCACAACGUGACAGUGUUCGAAUCAGCACAAGAACUCCUUGAGAUCGGCGCCGGGUUGCAAGUAACUCCCAACUCCACUCGCAUUCUCCAGCGAUGGGGCCUGUCAGAUCGCCUGUGGAGAGAGGCCGCGGAGCCCACCGCCUUGACCGUGCACCGGUAUACCGGCAAGGUUCUCGCACAUGAGGACAACUUCCACAAGAACAUUCGUAGAAAAUACCAAGCGCCCUUCCUCGAUAUGCAUCGCGUCGACUUGCAGCUUUCUUUGUACGAUAGAGCAAAGGAUCUGGGCAUCAAGUUCCACCUCGGAGAGAGAGUAGACAACAUAGAUUUCGACCAGACGGAGAUCACAACCGAGUCCGGCGAGAAGGCGAAGGCCGACAUCAUCGUGGCGGCAGAUGGCCUCUGGUCUAAAUGCCAGACAUGCUUUCUGGGGAAGCAAGUUCCGCCGCUGCCGACAGGCGACCUGGCGUACCGGGUGGUGCUCGACCUGGACCAGGUGGCGGACGACCCCGAGCUGAGCGCCUGGGUGAGCAAACCGACUGUGCAUUUCUGGAUUGGCCCCGGAACGCACGUUGUGGGGUAUUCGAUGCGAGGGGGCAAGAUGUACAACCUUGUGUUGCUUGCUCCUGACGACCUGCCGGAGGGCGUAAGUCGCCAGCCGGGUAGCUUGGAAGAAAUGAGGGCUUAUUUUGCCGACUGGGACCCGAUCUUGGGACGUUUCCUCGAAAGGGUCAACUUCGUACAUAAAUGGAGAUUGAUGCACAGGGAAGAGUUGCCAUCUUGGGUCAACGAGAAAUCAAAUUUUGUUUUUGUGGGUGAUUCAUGCCACCCAAUGCUUCCAUAUCUUGCGCAAGGGGCAAACUCCGCUGUCGAGGAUGGAGCUGUGUUAGGACAACUUUUAGGGCACGUGAAGACCAAAGCCCAGGUGCCCCAAGCACUUAGACUUUAUGAGAAGCUGAGAAAGGCAAGAGGAGAGGCUAUUGUCAGGGAAACCUUCAAACAGCGACACGACUUUCACAUGCUAGACGGCCCCGAGCAAGAAGCUCGUGAUGCCUUGUUUCUUUCUCUUCUUGGGAAAGACCUUACAGGCCCAUUUCCAAGCAGAUGGACAUGCCCGGAAGUUCAGCCGUGGUUGUAUGGUUACGAUGCGUUCAAAGAGGUAGAGGACGCCGUCAGGCAAGAGCCAUUUAUUUGA